AAUCGAGAGUCCAAUUUCUUGCAAACUGUGCUCAAUUUAAAACCUCUGCACUUCUCUCACAACUCAAACAACAACAAAAACAAACCGAGAGGAAGAGAGGAGAGAGAAAACCAAACGGUUGUCACGCUCCUUCUGCAAUUCUUUCAUUUUAUUUUCAGGGAAAAAAGUGAAGAAAGGAAGAAAGACAGAGAGAUGGAGACAAAGAAUCAAUCUUCUCAUUGUUGGUGGUUUGACAGUUACAAUUCCGCUAAGUGUUCCCCUUGGCUUGAAUCUACUCUUUCAGAGCUGAACCAGAAGGCAAAUUCAAUGCUGAAGCUAAUAGAGGAAGAUGCAGAUUCAUUUGCGCAACGUGCAGAGAUGUAUUACAAGAAAAGGCCAGAGCUGAUAAGCAUGGUGGAAGACUUUUAUCGGGCUCAUAGAUCACUAGCUGAACGAUAUGAUCUACUUAAGAGUGAUCGUGCUGUUCGUGUUAGGUCCCCCUUGAGAAACUCAGUCCCUCUGCUGAAUGCGGGAUAUGAGUAUGCUUUUGACUCGGUCAACUCAGUUAAAUCGCUUGAUAGCUUCACUGAGGCGGCUUAUAGUUCUGAGGAGUGUGCUGAGUCUGAAAUAGACGAUCCUGAUCUAGAAGUUGAUAGUGUGCACAUUGAUCAGGAUAUAGAAAAGCCGUUUGGUGGUGGUGCUAGUUAUGAUGAACUGAUGAAGCUGAGGGAGGAAUUGGACCGAUUGAGAGAAGAGAAUGAGACACAGAAGAACAUUAUCAAGCAAAAGGAUGAGGAGAAAGAAGACCUAGUAAAACAGUUGUCAGACAACAUCAGUGUAUUCAGGGAGAUGAGGGAAGAAAUGGCUGCAGUCAGGGAAGAAGAUCAUCCGCUUGUUAUGAUGAAGCAAACUAGUGAAGCAGUUGUACCAUUCGAAGAGAUGGAGAAUCUCAAGGUAGAGAACAUGUUUCAAAGGGAUCAGAUGAAGAAGAAAGACGAAGAGGUAAUUGAGGUGACAAAGAAGAUUGAGGAAGCACAUACAAAGAUCAGUUACUUGAAGGAUGCACUUGCUUUAAAAGAGGAAGAAAACGUUGAAGUUACAACGAAAUUCGAGGAGACUAAGUCUGAGUUAGCGAAGCUGAGAGAAGAAAUGAAAAGAGAGAAUGUUCAGCGAAAGGAUGAGAAGAAACAAGAGGCAAUUAGGCAGCUAAAGGAUGCACUAAUAGAAAAAGAAAUGGAGAAAAAGGACGCGAUAAGGAAGCUGACUGAUGCAUGUAUAGAAAAAGAAACAGAGAAAAAAGACGCGAUUAGGCAUCUGAAGGAUGCAUUUAUAAAACAAGAUACAGAGAAAAAAGAGGUAAUUAAGCAGCUGAAGGAUGCACUUGCAGAAAAAGAUGAGCAGAAACGUGAGGCGAUUAGGCAGCUAAGUGUAGCCAUGGAAAUCCUAAGAGAGGAGAGUAAGCUGCUUAAGAAGUCAUUAGUGAGUGUUUCCUAUAAGAAAAAGGUUGCUGAUUAUCAGAUUUUCAAGGGGGUUAAUCUGGGUAAGCUCUUCAAUUUAUCUUCAAGCAGUCAAGUUAGUGUUGUACCUCUGUAGAUGUAAGCUGACAUUGGUUGAACAUAUUAGCAUAUCUAGCUAGAAUACAAUUUUUGUCCCAGCCAAUCAUAGGGUCUGAAGAUCUAGAUUAAGAUGAAGAAUGUUUUACUAGGUUGUAUAAUUUUGUUACUCUAGGGUAUAUAUAUAUUUUUCAGUAUCUUGUCAGAUUGUAAAACUGCAGCUUGUAUUCAUAUUAACUUAUACUUAUGUAGUAUUUGUUUAUUCA